AUGAAGCAGGAGAAGGAGCAGGGAGAGGGCGGCGGCGGGAAGAGCAAGCUGGGGCGGUGGCUGGGCGCGCCGGUGCGGGCGCUGUCGCGGGCGUGCGACUCGUACGUGCGCAAGAUGUCGGCGUGCGCGGGCGCCAUGCCCACGCAGUACGGCGGCGCCGGGGGCCGCGCCGGGUACGGCGGCGCGCGCAUGCAGCAGGCGGCCACGUUCAGCUCGCGGUCGACGCGGCGGGGCGGGGACGACGACGACGUCAACGAGCUCGUGCGCGCCAUGUCGCAGCGGCAGCAGCAGCGGGAGCGGGGCGUGCCCGCUGCGACCGUGCAGGCGAGGAGCCGCAGCGUGGCGGUCGGGCGGAUCGACGAGGACGCGCCGUUAGAAUUCGGCACCGACGCCGGUAGCGUGGGGCUCCCGCCGCUGGCCGUGCGGAGGACCCGCAGCGCCGCGGUGGUCGGCGCGGGCCUCCCGCCGCGUGUCGGUGGCGGCGGCGGGUUCGGCGCCUCCGCCGUCACGAGGAAAGCUGCCGGCGGCGUCGGCGCCGGCCUCCCGCCGCGGGUCGGCGGUGGCGGGUUCGGCGCCUCCGCCGUCGCGAAGAGAGCUCCCGGUGGCGGCAUCGUUUACGGCGGCUAG